UUGUCUAAUUUCAUGGCGAUCGGGAGAGAGGGAACACUAGCGACGCACGCACACUGUCUCAGCACUCCUCAAAGAGUUUAUUCGGGUGUAAACUAAGUUGUCAACCUGACUGGCACAACACACAUUGUUCUCCAGGAAUCUCUGUUUGUGUGCAGGUGAUACCAAGUGGACAUCAGUAAAGGGACCCCGCUAGCACUUGGAUCUGUUCUUCUCUGUCCCAGGUUAAGACUACUUGGUCUAUGGCUCUGAUGGACAAGCACAAACAGGUCAAGCGGCAGAGACUUGACCGCAUUUGUGAGGGUAUCAGACCCCCUAUCCUGAAUGGGCCGAUGCACCCGCGGCCCCUGGUGGCCCUGCUGGAUGGCCGCGACUGCACUGUGGAGAUGCCCAUCCUCAAAGAUGUGGCCACAGUGGCUUUCUGCGAUGCCCAGUCCACACAAGAGAUUCAUGAGAAGGUGCUAAAUGAGGCGGUGGCUGCUCUGCUAUACCACACUAUCACUCUAUCCAGAGAUGACUUGGAAAAGUUCAAAGGCCUACGAGUAAUUGUCAGGAUUGGCUCCGGCUUUGACAAUGUUGACAUCAAAGCAGCUGCUGAGCUCGGCAUUGCUGUCUGUAAUGUGCCAGCGGCCUCGGUGGAGGAGACGGCCGACACUUCGCUAUGUCUGAUUCUCAACCUGUACAGGCGAGUCACCUGGAUGCACCAAGCUCUAAGGGAGGGGACCCGCGCCUCCAGUGUGGAGCAGAUCAGGGAGGUGGCUGGUGGUGCAGCUCGUAUCCGGGGUGAGACAUUGGGCAUUAUUGGUCUAGGGCGUGUUGGUCAAGCGGUGGCUCUGCGGGCCAAGGCCUUUGGUUUUGGUGUGAUCUUUUAUGACCCAUACCUGCCUGAUGGUGUGGAGCGCUCACUAGGCCUGCAGCGAAUGGCCACCCUGCAGGACCUGCUCAUCCACUCGGACUGCGUUUCCCUGCACUGCAGUCUCAACGAGCACAACCACCACCUCAUUAAUGACUUCACCAUCAAACAGAUGCGUCAAGGAGCCUUCCUGGUGAACACGUCAAGAGGCGGUCUGGUCGAUGAGAAAGCACUGGCUCAGGCCCUAAAGGAGGGCCGGAUACGAGGGGCCGCCCUGGACGUCCAUGAGACAGAACCCUUCAGUUUUUCGACAGGCCCUCUGAAGGACGCCCCGAACCUGAUCUGUACCCCGCACACAUCUUGGUACAGUGAGCAGGCCUCCAUUGAGGCUCGCGAGGAGGCAGCCAGGGAAGUGCGUCGGGCCAUCACUGGGCGUAUUCCCGACAGUCUGAAGAACUGUGUUAAUAAGGAGUAUCUGAUGGCAGCCUCUCAGUGGCCCAGCAUGGAGGCAGCUACUGUUCACCCAGAACUUAAUGGAGCCACCUACAGAUUUCCUCCAGGUCUGAUCAAUGUUGCGACAGGGGGUCUCCCAGGAGCUGGUGCAGGCGUUGAAAGUCUGGUUUCAGGAACCUUGGCACAUGGCAUCGCCCCGGUCUCCCACCCUCCUCACGCCCCAUCCCCGGGGCAGCCUACUAAGGCCGAAGCCGACAGAGACAUCCCCUCCGACCAAUAGCACCCCCCCUCUGCCGCCGCCAGCACAUUCCGUCAUCUCUGGAAACCAACCCCCACCUCCCAGGAUCAGACACAACCCGACCCUCCAAUACAUCGGCAGCAUCAGUUUGACCUGAUGUGGAUCUGCAGUCUUUUCUCAGAUCACAUAACCAGCCCAAGAGUGACCUAUCCACAGUUAGCCCCAUCCCUCCUACCACCCCUCAGAACACACACAUCCUCCACCAUCCUCAUCUCACACACCACCCACUCCCCCAACUAUGUCAGCAAUAACUGUGUUCUCAAGGAUUCAAUGAUUGGAUUGGUUUAUUUCCUUAGUUGGCUGUUGUUUUAAUGGAAAGUUAAUCUGUUGUGGUUCUAGGUGUUAAUGUUUAUUUGUUUGUUUAAAAAAAAAAAAAAAAAAAGCAUUUCUGACAUGAGGCUUUACAGUCUACCGCCUCCUGCAGUCCUCCUUUGGUUCUGACCACUAGAGGCACAGAGGCAGAAGGGUUGAAGCCCCACUUUGUACAUUAAUGGCUCAUGUUACUGCUCUCUUAUUCUUCUUUUUGUUUUGUUUUUCCUCACCCCCUCCAUGCUUCUUAUGAUGAAGGGAAAGUGUGUACUGAAGUAAACCAGACAGAAUCACAAACAGUACAUCCUGUCCUCCCCCCCGAGCAUCUAGCCACCCCUUAGCCCACUUUUCCCCCUUAUCUCUCCCUGGCACUGUCGUCAGCUCGUUCAACAGAGGAAUCCAAAAUGCAGUCAGUGUGGAAGUCUAGGACUGUCAAUGUUUUAUCUUCUCAGCCAAUACUUAUGCUUUUGAGAGUGAUGCCCAAUGUUCUUUGUCAAAUUGUCAGCCAUCCCUGUAUUUACACAUGCUUUGCCCCCUCAUGGAUUAUUUUCUCAUGAGAUGACAGCUUAGGAGCAUCAUAUCAGAGAGCGUCUUGGUAUGAAUUUUUAUCUCCUGCCAGAAGCCAGAGUGCAGCGUAUGAGGUCAUGUGCUUACGGAGCCCACAGAGGCCUCGCCAGCAGAGGGCGCCGUCUGGCUGCUGAGAGCCAAGAGAGUCGCCUGCAGUUCAUUUCAGUUCUGCAAAAGGACAGUUUCAGCCUGCCACCUGGAACUUUCAGGUUAGCUUUAGUGACGACAAAAGUGAUCACACACUGCCAACAUACAUUCAAAACACAGCAGGGGUGACCAGGGAUCGACUACAGCCUUAUUGUUUGAUAAGAUCUCGCCACACCCAACCACCACCCUGCAACCGACCCACCCACCCCCGACUCUUCUCCCACUGUCAUGGCCCACCUGACACAUCUGCUCAUGAACCAGUUUGCAUCCAACAACUCCUUCAAGCAUGAGGGGACAGUAGAGAUUAGAUUCCCUGUAGGAGCAAGGGGACAGUGUUUUUGCAUGCUGGCUUUUUGUUACUGACAGUGGUGUGUGAGUGUGUGAGUGUAUGUACAUGAGUGUGUGGGUGUAUGUACGUUCCCUCACCCUGUUAUGAUAACAAGCUGUUGUCAUUCCAAAGGAAUAGUCCCUAGGAGUAACUCUUAAACGCUGUUGCCCUGGUGUCAACGGAACACCUUUCUAGUACCUCAGUAACAGAUAUUGAAUGUACCGUGCAUACCCUUUUAUUUUUUGUACAGAUUUUCUAGAUAUGUCUUUACUAUUCUUUACUAGAAGGGUUGUGAAAUUGUAGCAGUAAUGACACAAUAAAAAAAAAAAUUCCCUGGGAAAUAAUUUGACAAAAUCUUUGUAGGUUCGAUAAGGUCACUGAAUACUCAGGCUUCAAUCUUUUUUUUUCCCUUUACCGUUUGUUUCAUCAUUGUGGAAAAUUCAGCACAAUUCAGCUUUCCCAUGCUUAGACUUCAGACUGUAGUUGAUGUGUUUCGACCUCAAUCUUACUGGCUAAUGAAAAACGAAAAAACGAAAGGCGGUAUUCGUGGUCUGCUAGUUUUCUUUUACUAGAACAGUAGUUGUAGAUGCUGUUUUGUUUUUCAUUUGAUCCCCCUUCUUUGUCAAGCUGCUCUAUAGUGCAUGUGAGGAAAUUUUUAAGGGGAAAUACUAUUGCCCCCCUCCCUUACCCUAUCCCCCCCCCCCAGUGUUUUCAACCCAAGUUGCCAUUUUUGUCGUGGUCAGUUUCCAGUGAUGUACAGUUUUCCCCUCAGAGUCUAUGAGAGACAUGGAGCAUGUCUGUGUCCUGAAAUGGUAGGCUCCUCUGUCAUGUGAUGAGUAUAUAUUUUUAAAAAAUAACCCCCAUAGUUCGGAUUAUGAGCAUAAUAGUAAUCUUAAAUUUUGCUGUUGAUGAUGAUGAUUAUAUAUAUUUUUCAGUUCAGCAGUGCACUGUUAUGAAACCAUUCUGUUUUAUUGUAGGAUUUCAUUUUUAUGGAUAUGCUGUCUGUGUUCUACAUGUUGUACUGAAACAUUUCAGAGAAAACAAGAGAUCCCUAUCCCCUAUUUUAAAAUUUGUCUUAUCCCACUUUUGCUUUUUCCAACUGAUAUCCUGUGGGCCUUACUUAUUCUCUCCCCGUAACAGUAGCUGUUAUAGAAAGUCGCCAUGGAACCACUCACUGCCUUAAUACAGUUGACCACAGCAGGUGAAGUCAGGAGACACACCCAGCCAGAAAGAACGGGCCGCGAUCAAGGCCGCUCCGCAAAAAGCUCCUCACACCCCGACAGGCCUAAACUUACUGCACCUUGCGUUUCUUUUUCAGUUAUGAACCACAUUUAGCCUUGUGUGAACACUUUUAGCUCAUUCUGCGAUCACAUAAAUCCAGUGUGAAUUCUUACUGUGCAUUAACAAUGUUAUUUUUUUGUUUUGUUUUCUAGUUUUUAAUAGUUCAAGUCAGCCCGGCAGUGUAUAUGUGGCUAUCGGAUAAGCACAGUGUGCAUGCUCACAAUGCAACAGCUGAUAUUUCACUCUUGGGUGUGAGACUUGCCCCACCACCGUGACCACUUCUGGGGCUCUUUGGGCAUCUUUCACAGCUCCGCUAGAGCUUCAGAGUGGCUGGUAGGGGGAGGGCAUAGCGGAAACUGGUGUGGUCUGUCGACAAAAGCAGAAAAUAACGGUGAGAGUUGGUCACGUUUUCUCUCUCAGGGUUCAAAUGCACACAUAUCCUCCAGCAGUCGCUCUCUGUUUCGUGUCCCUCAUCCCGAGUUUUCCGCCUUCAGAAUGUAGAACAGCCUCCUGCGUUUCUAGAAACCGCUCUCCCCUUGUUCCCCUCGUUUGUGCACAGGUCUGAACUUCUUUUUUUUCUGUUUUUCUUUCUUUUGGCACUGACAUUUAACCAUCUAACAAGGAAUGAAUGAAUGAAUGUUUGAAAGUGACUGCGUGUAAUGUUAAAAUUGGGAAAUGUAUUUUUACAACAUGUGAACAUUGUUUUUUCCACUCACACUCAUUGUGAAUUGAUUUUAUUUUCUUUCACCAGACUGCAGAAACAAACAAAAAAAACAAUGAAAAAAAACUCCUGUAACUAGGCUCUUAAGCUUUAUUUUUGUUUUGUUUACUUUUUUAUUAGAAACAAUCAUGUUUGUGAUGGUAACUUCCAAUGGUAAACUCCACACCGUAUUUUAAUAAAAUCUUAAAAAUUA